CAUAAAAUUAUAACUUUUUUUUGUAAACAACAAUCAAAAUCAUGUCCGUCUCAAUAGAUAUAGAGUCAUACUGUCGCCUGUGCCUACAGCAAAAUGAAACAAAUUUAUCCAUUUACGAUGAGGUUCAAGAGUUCAGCAUGAGCAUCUGUGAUUUGUUAAUAUUUUACGGUGAAAUGACGAUAAACGACAAGGACGUUUAUCCGAAAAUAAUUUGCGAUGAAUGCUUAAGGGAGCUGCUGGUUGUUGCCAAAUUCAAAGAGAAAGUCAAACUCGCCGAGCACACAUUAGGCCAGUUGAUCACAGCGGACGACAGGACCAGCAAUUGUGACGAGGUGAUUAUAGAAGAGUCGGACGACACUGAGAUCGAAGGAUACGUCACGAUCAAAAAAGAGAACGAAGCCUACGUACCAGAAGAAGAAGUAGUAAACACCGGGUCAUACGAAGAGGUGGAAUUUUUAGAUUUAAAUGGACAGACACAAACGCUGAACACUGUGCAAUACGUAACUGUUGUCUAUUGACGAUGUGACGAUGAAUUCAUCGAUGAAAUUAUCGAGGAAUGUAGUGUGGACGAUAGUGACAUUGUGGAAACCAUUGUCAGUGAUA